AGCCAAAAAAAAAACGAAGGAUCAUGACAAGUGUUCACGAGGAGACGCGUCAAGUACUCCUCAUCAAGGGCAAACGAACGAAACGUCAGCGAUCUGCGUCUCCUUUUACGAACGCCGAAGCAGUAUCCGGCGUUUGCAGCGGUGAACGAUCAUCAGAAGCCAGAGAACAAGAAGCUGGUGAAGUCGAAUACCAAGGAGCUACAGAUGAAGACGAAGAUAUGGCGAACUGUCUGAUGUUAUUGUCGCAAGGACAUAAAGCAAAGAGUAGUGGCGAUCAUUUGUCGACGCAGAAAAUGGGUUUCUUGAGCUACAAGAAACUGGUGUCUUCUCUAGAGAUAGGGCCAGACGGUGUUUACCAGUGCAAAACGUGCGAUAAAAGCUUCCAUUCGUUUCAAGCGCUAGGAGGGCACAGGGCUAGCCACAAGAAGCCGAAACUCGGAACAAGCGUUCUCAAAUGUGACGAGCAGAGAACUGCAUCUGCGUCUGCGGUUGAAACGGUGGAAGGUGGAAUUGUAGGAACCUUUCUGUCUCUGCAAGUAACUAGCAGUAACAGUAGCAAGAAACCGGAAAAAACACAUGAAUGUUCCAUCUGCAAGGCCGAGUUUUCUUCAGGACAAGCCUUAGGAGGUCAUAUGAGGAGACAUAGAGGUUUAACAGUAAACGCAAACGCUGCUUCACCUAACAAAACAGCGACAUCGUCAAGUCAUCAUCAAGAAUCUAUACGGCCAAAGAACUUUUUGGAGUUAGAUCUGAAUCUUCCAGCACCAGAAGAUGAAGCAAAAUUUGCGUUUGCGUCCAAAGAUCAGAUGCUUCUCUACGCUGCCGCGGCCAAUUCUUUGAUUGAUUGUCAUCACUAAUUAAUUAAGUAGUUCUUGUAAUUACUUUUUUACAUUGAUCAUAUGUUGAUCAU